AUGGACCCACAAGCAGCUCCGAGGCAGACGUUGCAGAAGGAUUAUAUCAAAUCCUUCCUUGGAAUCUGCAAAAUUGCCCAAAUUAUUCUUUCCAUCAUGACGUUUGCCUUCUCCUCCUCUUGUCCGUGGGGUUCCUUAGGGGGUGGAUGGGUGGGGUUUGUCUCGAUGACGGGCUUCAUAAACGCCGUCAUCUACUUCGUCCUGCACCUCUUCAACACUAUUCCCCCUGUUUUCGUCAACUACUUUGUGGAGCUGAUAUCAUACGCCAUCUUUACACUCUUCUUCUUCAUCGCCGGCAUUGUGGCGGCCGCCAAGGGCCACCUCGACGGACUCAUCGUUGCAGCAGCUAUCUUCUGCUUUGGGGCUCUAGUGGCAUUUCUGAUGGACACCGUGAUUCAGGGUCUGGAGGUGAACAAGGCCUGGAGGGAGAGGAAUGCCAGAAGGGCUGUGCCCACUUCAGAACCCGCACAUAUCUGA